GCGGUGGAGCUUUAGGUGACGUGUGGAGACAGAAAACUGACAAGGAACUCAAACCAUUGAGUACGUGUCACUUGAAAAAACCUGAAGAAUCUGGUUUAUCGGGUCAGCCGACAGCAGAAAAUAAUGAAAAGUAGUGUGGCACACAUGAAAUCCUCUGGUCACGACAGAAGGGAGAGCCACAAUUCAUACCACCGGAGGAGCUCCUCCCCAGAAGACAGAUAUACAGAACAAGACCGGUCCCCCCGGGAUAGAGACUAUUCUGAUUACAGCCGGUCAGAUUAUGAGCGAUCCAGAAGAGGAUACUCUUACGAUGACAGCAUGGAAGCACGAAGCAGGGACCGAGAGAAACGCAGAGAGAGAGAAAGAGAAGCAGACCAUCGGAAACGGUCCCGGAAAUCCCGGUCUCCGGAAAGGAGGAGCCCAGACCGAGGAGUGAGCCAGAGUUCUACUCAGGAAGAACCCACAUCGAAGAAGAAGAAGAAGGAUGAGCAGGACCCGCUGCUCACCCGCACCGGGGGAGCGUAUAUUCCUCCUGCAAAGCUCAGGAUGAUGCAGGAGCAGAUUACGGAAAAAACCAGCUUAGCAUACCAGAGGAUGAGCUGGGAGGCUAUGAAGAAAUCCAUCAAUGGUCUCAUCAACAAGGUCAACAUCUGUAAUAUAAGCAUCAUUAUCCAAGAGCUCCUUCAAGAGAACAUCGUCAGAGGGAGAGGACUGCUGUCCAGAUCUGUUCUGCAAGCACAGAGCGCUUCUCCCAUCUUCACUCACCUUUAUGCAGCUUUGGUGGCGAUAAUCAACUCAAAGUUCCCACAGAUUGGAGAACUGAUCCUCAAGAGACUAAUUAUUAAUUUUCGUAAAGGAUACCGAAGGAACGAUAAGCAACUUUGCCUGACUGCUUCAAAAUUUGUGGCACAUCUUACUAAUCAAAAUGUGGCACAUGAGGUUCUGUGCCUGGAGAUCCUCACUUUGCUGCUAGAGAGACCAACAGAUGACAGUGUUGAAGUAGCUAUCGGCUUCCUCAAGGAGUGUGGUCUCAAAUUAACCCAGGUGUCACCAAGGGGAAUCAAUGCAAUCUUUGAACGCCUGCGAAACAUUGUGCAUGAGUCCGAGAUUGACAAAAGAGUCCAGUACAUGAUUGAAGUGAUGUUUGCUGUACGGAAGGAUGGAUUCAAGGACCACCCUGUUAUUCUGGAAGGACUUGACUUAGUGGAAGAGGAUGAUCAGUUUACACACAUGCUCCCAUUGGAGGAUGACUACAAUCCAGAAGAUGUUCUUAAUGUUUUCAAGAUGGAUCCUAAUUUUAUGGAGAAUGAAGAGAAGUACAAGGUUAUUAAAAAAGAAAUCCUUGAUGAAGGAGACAGUGACUCAAACACAGACCAGGAAGCAGGAAGUAGUGAAGAUGAGGAGGAGGAGGAGGAAGACGAGGAGGAAGGAGAAGAGGAGGAAGGAGGACAAAAAGUAACUAUCCAUGAUAAAACAGAAAUCAACCUAGUCUCGUUUCGCCGUACAAUAUAUCUUGCUAUUCAGUCAAGUUUAGAUUUUGAAGAAUGUGCACACAAGUUGCUGAAAAUGGAGUUUGCUGAGAGCCAAACAAAAGAACUCUGCAACAUGAUACUUGAUUGCUGUGCCCAACAAAGAACCUAUGAAAAAUUUUUUGGCCUGUUAGCUGGGCGGUUUUGUAUGCUGAAAAAAGAGUACAUGGAAUCAUUUGAAAGUAUAUUCAAGGAACAGUACGACACCAUCCACCGCCUAGAGACAAACAAAUUGAGAAAUGUUGCUAAGAUGUUCGCUCACCUUUUAUACACAGACUCACUUCCGUGGAGUGUUCUCGAGUGUAUAAAGCUGAGUGAAGAGACGACAACAUCAUCCAGUAGGAUUUUUGUCAAGAUCUUCUUCCAGGAGCUGUGUGAAUACAUGGGUCUUCCUAAACUGAAUGCGAGGUUAAAGGAUGAAACUCUUCAACCGUUCUUUGAAGGACUGUUACCCCGAGACAACCCACGCAACACCCGGUUUGCCAUCAACUUCUUCACUUCCAUAGGUCUCGGAGGAUUGACAGAUGAACUUCGAGAACAUCUGAAAAAUACGCCCAAGGUCAUCGUAGCCCAGAAAGCAGACGCUGAGCAGAAGAAACCGGUCCUGACAUCUUCAUCUUCAGAGUCUUCCUCGGGGUCUGAUUCCUCUGACUCAGAUUCUGACAGCAGCGAGAGCAGCUCAGAGUCCUCCAGUGAAGCGAGCAACUCCUCCGACAGCAGUCAGAGCUCUGCCUCAGCUAAAGGUACAAGAAAGAAAAGACAAGGAAAGGCCAGAGGUGAAGAAGUAGAUAAGUUAGCCAGGAGCCACCAGGCACGUGACAGGCGGCGAGAAGGAGGCAGAGAGGACCAAAGGCAUCAGGAAGGGAGGACUGAGAGAGCAAGGUCUGAAAGACACAGAGCUCAGAACUCACGAGAUGCAGACUGGCGAGAUCCCCCAGCAAAGCACAUGGAGGACAGAAGUCAUGAGAAUAGUUACAGCAGAGUUGGCAAUGGCCGAGAACAAGGCUCGCACAGAGAGCCAGAAGACAGGCAUGGCGAGCCAAAGAAGAAGCGGCGAGAGAGAAGAGAUUCUUUUUCUGAAAAUGAGAAGCAAAGAACCCGAAAUCAGGACAGUGAUAAUGUUAGAAGAAAAGAUCGCUCCAAGUCAAGAGAGAGGAGUAGGAAGCAUUCUGGUCGUAAAGGAGAUGAUGACGACAGGUAUCAGAACGGUGCUGAGAGACGCUGGGAAAAACCUAGCAGAUACGCUGAACAUUCUAGAGAAUCAAAGAGAAGUCAGGACCGGAGGAGAGAAAAGUCUCCAACAAAACACAAAUAACUCUAAUGACAACUGGACUCGCCUUACAUUCAGUCCAAUGUCCUUUUUACAUUGAUGGAUUUUAUAGAGAACUCUGUAUAAAGUACCUGUUUGUAAAUUUUAAAGAUUUUUUUUGACAUGUUUUAUACUUGAUAUAUCUCAAGGUUCUUUGUGUAAAAUCAUAAAGAAAAGGGACUCAACAAAGGGGUAAAUCUUAUGUUUUGUGAAUAAAAGGAACAAAUGUUCAUUGAAUCAUUAAAAAAAAAAGAACACACAACACAAUAAUCUUAGAUCCAAUUGGUAAGAUAUAAUUGCCCACUCAAACAUGCAAAGCCCGGUACCAUCCAUCCCUUGAGAACAUUAAAAACAACCUGUAAAUACACAGAGCAGAAUCUUAACAUCACCUGCCAUGGCUUCUCCCCUCUCUCCGUCUCCCCUUCUUCUCUAGUAAGAACUAAUAACAAAAGAAUGGAGAGAUGGUUAGGACCUGGGUGUUAGAUGCCAAGUUGCUGACAUAAGAAUUGUAACAGGUUCACCUGGGACUUUCAGGACCUCAGUAGCAGCCCUUUACCAAACUGUCACACUGGGUUAAAGGCCCAUGGAAAAGAAAAGAUUAAUCCUGACCUUGGCCACAGCCAAAGCCUGAAUUCUAAAUUUUGACUGGCAAAACAAAGUUCUUCACAGUUUGUUGUAGAUUCUUUUUGAAACCAUUUUAGGGGCUUCCCUGCCUACCAACCUGGGGAAUUUGGAUCACAGGGGAAGGAACUGGCUGCUGAGGGGAUAGGAUCAAAGGCACUGUCCAUGUAGACAGACUCUUCUCUUAGAAUAGGGCCAGGGGAUAAGGGGAGGGAGGCAGGCUCUCUCAAAGAAAGUUCUCUUAAUGCACUCUUUUUGUUGUCAAAG